AUGCUUUGUCGCGUGUCUAGAGUAGCGCUACGCACACGCCGUAUUCGUACCAAUAGUGUGCUAUUGAAUCAAGUGGCAUUUUUCUCAAAAGAAGUUACGAACGUGCCAAUUACCGCUGAUGAAGAACUCGCGCUGACUCCGAAGGUUCAAACUGUCCUGAACCAGAUUCUUGAACUCAACAUGAUUGAGAUUGCUGAGCUUUCACACGCUAUUCAGGCCAAGUUUGGCAUUAGCGAAUCGGCUUUCCAAGUUGGAAUGGGCGGUGGUGGUACUGGUGCUGUUUCUGCUGCUCAAGAAGUCAAAGAGGAGAAGACUGCUUUCGACGUAAAGUUGGCCAGCUUUGAUGCCAAAAGUAAAAUUAAGGUCAUAAAGGAAGUGCGUGCUAUCACCGGUUUGGGUUUGAAAGAGGCUAAGGAGCUCGUGGAGGGGGCUCCAAGUACAUUAAAGAAGGACGUAAAGAAAGAGGAGGCUGAUGAACUUAUCGAGAAGCUUAAGGCGGUGGGGGCGGUCGUAGAAUUAGAAUAA